AUGACUUUGCCUCGAAAUGAUGGAGGCAUCUAUGCACUCGACGGGAAGCUGACUCGAGCAUCGACAGACCUCUAUGAUGCAACGCGGCUUGCAAACUCAAGCGGUUGUGUUGGGAAGAAACCCACCGAGGUAACGAUGGAACUCGAUAAUGAAGACUUCGAUUGGUGCUCAUUGCCCGGAUUGGGUAACGUCAUCAGCGAGGCUGUCAAAGAAGCUGGACCAAUGUUUGCGGCAGCUAGCUUUAUUGGCUGCCAGUUCUUGAGGACGUAG